AUGAAAAAAGCCUUUAUACUCACAUUCUUAAUAGCAGUUGUGUUAAUAGUCAUUACUUUUUUGUAUAAAAACAGCGGGGCUGACAAUUCACAAGUAGUGAAUGUCUAUUCAUCGCGCAAAGAAGAAUUAGUACGUACUUUAUUUGAUGAAUUUACAAAAAAUACAGGCAUUAAAGUACGUUACAUCAUUGAUGAUUAUUCUCAGCUACUUUCACGCAUAGAAAAUGGCGCUGAAGCUGACUUACUUUUAACUGCAGAUGCAUUGAACCUGAUUUUGGCAAAGAAAAGAGGGCUUUUAUCUCAAGUGGAUUCAGAGAUUUUAAAAAGUGUUAUACCUGCAAAAUUUAGAGAUAGUGAAGAUUAUUGGUUUGGCCUUACAAAAAGAACCAGAAUAUUGGUUUAUAAUAAAGAGUCUGUAAAUCCUAAAGAAUUAAGUACUUAUGAAGAUUUAGCAAAUGAAAAAUGGAAAGGAAAAAUAUUAGUGCGUUCUUCUACAAGUCCAUAUAACCGUUCAUUAAUUGCUUUUAUGAUUGCAAAUAAUGGUUUUGAAAAGACGAAAGAAUGGGUAAGUGGUAUUGUGAGUAAUAUGGCAAGAAAACCAAGUGGUGGUGAUACUGACCAAAUUUAA